AUGCUCUUGAUCAAGAGCUUCGCGCUCGCCACUUUGGCCGCAGUUGCGACUGCUCGGUCCGCCGUCAUAGACCUCACCCCCGCCAACUUUGACGCCGUUGUGCUCAAGUCGGGAAUCCCCACGCUCGUCGAGUUCUUUGCGCCUUGGUGCGGCCACUGCAAGAGCCUGGCUCCUGUGUACGAGGAGCUUGGGCUUGCGUUUGAACACGCCAAGGCCCAGGUGCAGAUUGCCAAAGUUGACGCCGAUGCUGAGCGGGCUUUGGGGAAGCGAUUCGACGUUCAAGGCUUCCCCACGCUCAAGUUCUUCGACGGCAAGUCGGACACGCCUGAAGACUACGACUCCGGUCGAGACUUGGAGGGCCUGACCGACUUCAUCACGAAACGCACUGCUGCCAAACCCAAGAAGAAGCUGGAGAUGCCCAGCGAGGUUGUUAUGCUCACUGACAAGACAUUUCCCGAGACUGUUGGAGGCGAGAAGAAUGUUCUAGUUGCAUUCACUGCUCCCUGGUGCGGUCACUGCAAGAAUUUGGCUCCAGUUUGGGAGAGUGUUGCCGUCGAUUUCGCCAACGAUGCCAACGUUGUCAUUGCCAAGGUGGAUGCCGAGUCUCCAAACAGCAAGGCUGUCACGAAGGAGAACGACGUUUCCUCCUACCCCACCAUCAAGUGGUUUCCCGCUGGCAGCAAAAAGGGCGAGAUAUACUCCGGAGGUCGCGACGAGAAGUCUCUGGUGGAGUUUGUCAACAAGGAAGCUGGUACUCACCGUCUGGUCGGAGGUGCACUUGAUGCCGUCGCUGGCACCAUUGCUGCUCUCGACUCGUUGGUGACCAGGUUCACUGAUGGAGCUACGUUGGAGGAUGUGGCUGCUGAAGUCAAGAAGGCCGCGGCGGGGCUUAAUGAGGGGGCCAAGUACCAGUACGCCAAGUACUACGUUCGCGUCUUUGACAAGCUGAAGUCGAGCGACAACUAUGUCGCCAAGGAGCUUGCCAGACUUGAGGGCAUUCUGGCCAAGGGUGGCCUCGCCCCGUCCAAACGUGACGAGAUCCAGACCAAGACCAACAUUCUCCGAAAAUUCACCAAGAAAGUUGCUGAGAAGGCCGAGGAGCUCAAGGACGAGUUGUAG